UUGUCGUUGUUGUCAAUUGUUAUUAUAUACUGUAUAUAACAUACCAACUAUCUAUUACCUCAAGAUUUAGAUACUUUAAAACAAAACAAAACAAAAAUUAAUUAAUAAAUAAAUAUAAUUAUGAAAUAUCUAUACUCAGCGCUUGUAUUGCUUAUCAUUUGUGAGCUAACUUGCGGUCAACAACAGGGAGGCUCGUCAGGUGGUGGCCAGCAAUCUGGAGGCGGAAAUAUGAGACGAGUUGGUCAGGCGGCCUGGGGUGUAGCCAAAACAGCGGCUAAAAUGACACCACCGGGACAGGCCUUUAUGACGGCUAAGGGUGCCUACGAUGGUGUACGCAAAGUAAUGGGAAGCGGCAGCGGUGGUGGGGGUGGGGGUAGUGGUGGGGCUGGCGGUAGAGGUAGUGGUGGCGGCAGAAACUCAAACAGAAACUAA